UCGCCAACACUGAGGAGACGCCGGAGCGACACACCGUGGCCGACCUUGCCUCCCUCGACCAUACCUCUUCGCUCAACCUGGCUUCCGUCAGCCAGUCCACGGAGGACAUUGUCCUGGGGUCAUCGUCACGCCUGCAGACGCUCCCCGAGACGUCCGAAGGAGGCAGCCAGGAGGACGCAGGAAGCGCGGCUGCCUGAGGGCGAGGAGGACUCGAGUCCAGCCGCGAGCAACAAAGUGGCCUCCUUCUACAUCGGCGACGAGCACGGUUGCACGAGGGACUUGCCUCCUGCAGGAGUUCCCGACCCGUCCCCCCGCCCCCAACUUCCCCCCCGGCGAGUCCAGAUCCAGGAGCUGGAGGCCAAGAAGACGACGGUGGAGUUCACGCCGCCCGACGGCGGAUACGGCUGGGUAGUGGCGUUAGCUGCCUGCGUCGUCAACUUCUGGAUCGUCGGCUUCAUCAAAAGCUACGGCGUCCUGUACGUUCAUGUCCGGAACGCGUAUCCCGACGCGUCGGCCUAUCACGCCUCGUGGCUGCCCGCGCUGCUCUCCACCAUCGGCCUCAUCAUAGCUCCUGUCACGGGCGUCCUCUGCCGUCGCUUUACCUCCAGGAAAGUGUCGUUCUUCGGUGGCCUCUUCUGCUUCCUCGGCCUCGCCCUCGGGUCCCUGGCCAUGAGCAUGAAUCAGCUGAUCCUCUCGACGGGAGUUCUCACUGGUCUGGGCGCCGGCCUGACCACGACGCCGGGGGUACUCAUCGUGUCGCUGUACUUCGAGAAGCGGCGCGCCCUCGCCUCCGCCAUCUGCGUGUCUGGCAACGCCCUGGGCGGCUUCUUCCUGCCACCGCUGGUCGAUCACCUUCUGAGCACGUACGGCCUUCGGGGCACCAUGCUCAUCCUGGCCGCCAUGCAGCUACACAUUUGCGCCGCAUCCAUGCUGUACCGGCCCAUCCGCCAGCACGCCGUCAUCCAAGCUGUGCGGGCCGCACGCACUGCCCGCGCCGCCAGGGAGGACGAGGCCGACGCCGCUGCUGAUCUCCCCGAACACAAGCUAUUACCCAACACGCCUGCGACGCCGCGGCCGCCCUCGGCGCCGGCUGCGGCCUCCGCCCCCAAUACGCCCCUCUCGCGACCGCACGCCAUCUGGCAGAAGGUGGUGCGGCGGCGCUUGACCUCAGUGUCCGUGACGGUGGAGGACGAGGAGCUCAAGGGCCAGGUGUCCUUCCUGAGGUCAUCCUCCAUGAUGAACAGCAUUCCCGACCUGACGCAGUACGCGCGUUCGUGGAGCAUCUCGGCGGACAGGGCGUCGCUCGGCUCGCGCUCCUCCUCCAUCCGCCUCGCCCUCGACAGCAAGUCCUCGCUCUCCAGGCUGAGCUUGGGCGGCUUCAGCAAGUCGUCUUUGAACAAGCUGACGUGCGGCGAGUUGCGGCACCCGCCCCUCAUGCGACUGGCGUCGGACAGCGAGGAGCGCGCCGUGCGCCACCCGACUCUGCUGCGCCUGGCGUCCGAGGAGGACUCGCGCAUAUUCGGCUCGCGCGUCCACGGCGGCAGCGCGCGUCGCCUGUCACAUCCGCGCCCCGUCCAGGCGUCCUCCGAGGGCCGUGUGCAGCGCCAGCCGUCCUGUCGCAGCCUGGAGGGCAGGGUGCAGCGCCAGCCCUCCUGCCGAAGGGUGCAGAGCAGAAUCAUGGACGCCGUCAAGGAGCAGGACACGGACUCUCAGGGAUCUGACGAGCUCGAAGAGUGCCUGCAGAAGCUGUCAGAGCAGGAGCAGGAACGGGUAGCCUCGAAGGGCGACGAGGAGCUGCCGUCGACGGAGCUGCCGGCCACGAAGGCGCCCUCAGUCGAGGUGCUCCCCAUCGCCGAGCCAUCCCCGCGGAAGGGGCCGUCCGCGGACGUGCCGGCGAAGAGGGAGGCCUCGGCGCCGGACGCGGAGAAGCAGCACGAGGGUGAGAAGGAGGACAACCUGGAGGACGAGCAGCUGGUGGUGCUAGUGAAACGGCCCAACUGCUGCUGCUCGUGCCUGUCCAGCUGCCUCGACCUCUCGCUCUUCACCAACCCGCUGUUCAUGAUGAUGGCCAUCUCGGUGUUCUUCAUGGCCUCGGGCGCGCCCCACGCCAUCUUCUUCCUCCCGGCCUACGCCACCUCCAUCGACAUCCCGUCCUCGAAGGUGCCCCACAUGCUCUCCAUCUCGUCCAUGGUCGACCUCUGCGGCAGGCUGGGCAUCGGCUUUAUCUCCGACAUCGGCAUCUUCAGGAUCAGCCAUCUCUAUUUCAUAAGCGCCCUGGCCGCGGGCAUCGCCACCCUGCUGAUACCUCAGAUGACCACGUUCGCUUCCCUGUCCGUGACGCUAGGCGUCUAUGGCUACGGUAUCGGCGCGUGGUUCGUGCUCAUCCCGACGCUGCUCGCCAAGCACCACGGAGCCGCCAGACUGGCCUCGUCCUACGGCCUCGUGAGGCUCUUCCACGGGCUCAUGAACUUUAUCUCGCCUCAGAUCAGUGGUCUCAUGAUCGACACGACGGGAGACUUCGGCAGCUGCUACUACUUCAUGGGAACGUUCAUGGCGCUGUCGGCCACACUGCUCCUCCUCGAGCCCGCUCUCCUUCGGCACUCCGCCAAGAAGUCCAAGGAGAAGCAGGCACAAGAACAAACGCUCAAGACUCAAGUGUGAGCUUUCGGAGGCGAGGUCAAACUGCAGGAACAUGAUCUGAUUUCGAAGACUCAAGUGCAAGCCUACGAGGGCGAGGUUGCGGCGCUCGAAGUUCCCCUCCGACCUUGCUUUGGUGUCCGCGAUGGCGAGUGGUGCUCUUCGUGGGACUUGCGUGUCUGUCUGUCUGUCUCUUUCUAUCCCUCCCUCUCUCUCUCUCUCUCUCUCUCUCUCUCUCUCUCUCUCUCUCUCUCUCUCUCUCUCUCUCUCUCUCUCUCUCUCUCUCUCUUUCUCUCUCCGGUUUGUCUGAAAAGUAACUAAUAUCUCAACUUUUUCUCCGUGUGUUUGUGCGUCUGUGCUUGAGUGCAAGUAUGUGAGCUCGUAGGCAUCUGUCUACACUUCCGUAUGUAAAGGCGUGCAUAUGUGAGAGAGAGGAGAAAAAGAUAUUUGACUUAGUGUUCUGUACGACCUCUACGAAGUACAACUCCAGCCGCCGAUGCACACACGGUGCACAUGUACAGCACACGCGGCAGUUCCCUUGUCGCCGGUGCCUGUUGCACUGCACACGGUGUUCGUCCCUUGUAACUCACCAAACACAAUCAUAUCGAUGUUGGAACAAGUAGCAACCUCUCAGAAUGUAUUAUACAAACAGUAUUUCUAAUAUGUUUGGUCAUAUUUUUUAUGUAUUUUUUUUUUUUUUCUGGUAAAGAUUGAAGAAGGCUUCUGAAAACCUCAUGUUUCUUCCAUGUUAUUUUGGACCGCUGAUUGACGCGAUGUUUAUAAAUAGGCAAUUGCCCCCUCGGAGUAUUUAUAUGGAUGUAUGGGUUAAUGUAUGUAUAUUUGCAUACUUGUGAACAUACAUGCGUAACUGUUCUCUUUGUUCCUUUUUUAUUUUUUAUUUUUUGGAAAGUUCAGCCUCCAAAGAACAUGGUGUUAAUUCUGUGUUCGCCUCUGAAAUUGAUUACUAGAAGUAUCAUACAUAUGCAAUUAUAUGCAUCACUGAACUCAAUUUUUGUGCGUCUUUUGUAUAUAAAUGAAUGAAUAUAUAUGUGUAUAUAUAUGAAUAUAAUAUAUGUAGAAAAGGUAUGGAUGAGAGAGAUGUAUUUGAUCGGUUUCGAUUACAUC